UUUAGCUGCUUUUUAUAAUAACUGUAAAAAUAGUUCAUUUUACACAAAAAUGACACUUAUUUUCGCAGAAAACUAACGCAAUAUAGGAAUUUAAAGUUUAAUUAUGAUGCUAACGUUGCUGAAUAUGCAGUAGUUUAGUUAACACGUCGGAGUUUCUUGUACUUCCUGAAGAUGGCUCUUUCCCAACAACAAAAAUGGGUUCUCUUCGCAGCAUUGAUUACUGCUGUGGUUGCUGCAUCUGCUGGAAUAGUGUUUGGAAUUCUCGUUCAUCUGCGAGAAGAGACAGUAACUGGUAAAUCCACAAGUUACUACGGUACAAUAAGAAUGAACAGAGUUGAAGGGAAAUCUUUACAAUGGACUUCAAGUUUAAGUAAUGGAAGUUCAACUCAUUCUAUUGGAGCAAGAUCAUUUCUGCAAUCUCAUUUAUUUGAGAGCAUGUCUCGUCUCUCCCGGCCUCUGUCUUCUGUGAAUAUCAUCCGUUUUUCCGAGGAUAAAUUUGCGCAGUUGGUGGGAGCUAAAAAUCGAGGAAUACACGUCGAUUUCAAGCUAGAAAUACAGGAUGAUAUCCACGGGCCUGAAGUGGAAAAUUUACUAAAAGAUGAACUUCUAUCUAUUCUCAGUAAUGAUGAACGAUUUGAGCUGGAUCCUGAGUCACUUGAAAUAGACACAAAACCUCUGAUGAAAGCAAGAUCAUUUGAAGCAUUUGAGACGUACCUCAGCGAGGGAGAUACUUUCAAUCUACUCAAUACUCAGUUGCCAGGUGUAAAACAACCUUUAGAAAUGUCCCAACCAAAGUUCUGUGCUAAAAUAUCGACAAUCAACCAUGGAAGUGUCAGUCCUGUCAGUUGUUUAAUGUCCAACCACAGUUCACUUGGUGACUCAUGUACAUUCAUGUGUGAUACAAACUUUACCAUAGUUGGCUUUAAGACAUUGACAUGCUUAUCUACUGGAAGGUGGAGUGGUCCACAACCACUAUGUAAAGCCAAGUGUCCUGCUUUGCCAACAUACAUGGGAGUUAAAAUCAGUCCAUCUAUUUGCUUCCAAUCCGCUUCAUACUCUGACACGAGAUGUUUCUACCAUUGUAGCAUGGGUUAUGUGUUGGAUGGAAUAUCAGCAAGGGUGUGCCUUGAUAAUGGAAUGUGGAGUGGGGUGGCACCCAUGUGUAAAAAAACUUGUGCUGCAUUAAGUGUGCCUGAGAAUGGUGCAGUAUGGCCAGCUUCAUGUACUUCUGACACAUUACAACCAGCAGGAAGUUUAUGUACCUACUCUUGUAUUGAAGGAUACACACUUGCUGGUAGCCCAAAUCUGUUGUGUGAAAUGGAUGGCAGUUGGAACUUUCCAGCCCCAACUUGUAGAAGGGGUUGCCCCCCAUUAGUCCCCCCUGAACAUGGAUCCAUCUUCCCCCCCUUGUGCAGUCGCACCCUCAUGAAGGGUGAUCAUGCUGCUGUAGUAAUGGAAGGGGUGGUGUGUGUCCAUACUUGUGAACCUGGAUUUAAACUGGAAGGUAGCCGACAGAGAAUGUGUGGUACUGGUGGAUCCUGGACAGGAAAAGUGACCACCUGCUCUGAGCUAUGUCCUGUGCUACCCCUCCCCCCACUAAUGACUGCUUCACCACAUAUAUGUACCGAUCCUCAUGGUGAUAGAGUGGAGGGUCUCAAGUGUCAUGUGAUGUGUCCAAAUAACUUCUGUUCAGCUGGAGAGAUGGAUGUAACGUGUGGAAGUCGUGGUGUUUGGAGCUCUAUACCUACAGAUUGCAUGAGUACCUGUCCCAUUUUAAAACCUGUCAUGAAUGGAAUGUUGUACCCUGAUGAUUGUCGUGCUGAUUUACCAGCAGUUGUUGAAGGAACCAAAUGUACAUUAAAAUGUGGUGACGGGUUCAUGCUGCAUGGAAGCAUGUCAGUGCAGUGUCUAACUAUUGGAAAAUGGUCAGAAGAACUCGGCCAAUGCUUGAAGCAGUGUCCACCCCUUUUACCACCGUCACAUGGAUUUAUUGAACCAUCCAACUGCACCGUAGCAUCAGUAUACCAGGGUGGUGUGUGCAACUAUGUGUGUGAUACUGAUUAUGGAUUAAUUGGUGAAGAAUCACGCACUUGUCUCACAGAUGGUACAUGGUCAAGUGAAGAACCUACUUGUUUAGUUGAAACCCAAUUCAUGAUCAGACAGACUCGUGACGAGCGUGACGUAUGCCUGGAUGUAAACACAAUCACCAACCAUGCAGAGAAACGACCGAUAUCACAAUGUUAUCUCAACAACAGGUUACAACGAUGGACCGUUCAUCCAGAAGGUGUGAUACGUAAUGUUGGGACAAGGAAAUGCCUCUCAGUAGAGCACAGACACCCAGGGUCUUACAUCGCAAUGAAGGAAUGUACGUCUUCUGAUCCAAACCAAAUAUGGCUAUGGGAAGAUACCAAUGGGGUUUCUGUUACUUUGUUGGGUACAAGUCUUGUGAUGGGAUAUGGCUAUGCAUCAAUUGCGAAAGUUAUUUUGGUUGAUUCUUCAAUUGAAAGUUCCCUGCCUUGGUAUGCAAUCACAUCUAAUGGAAGUUUUUCACUUUAUGAUAUCUUCACUACUGUAGGUUGUCCACGUUUGCACCCUCCAUAUUUAAUGAGCAUCUCGCCGGAAAAAUGCAUGACCAACCAAACAUUAGAAAGUGGUACAACAUGUACCUUUACAUGCGACAUUGGUCACAAACUGAAGGGAAAUAACAGAAGGACUUGUGUGAAGGGUCGCUGGGAUGGAGAGUAUCCUUCAUGUUCUGUUGCAUGCCCCUCUAUACCCCCACCCAGUGGUGGAAGUGUAACGAUAUAUUGUCAGUUCAUGGCACAGGAUGAAGGAGUUUCGUGCGAUUUUGAUUGCAACCAAGGUUAUGUAUUAGAAGGAGAUGUCACUACCGUGUGCCUAUCGUCAGGAAAUUGGAGCAAUGCAACUCCUAACUGCACGUUCAGGUGUCCCUCUUUACCCCACGUAUCAAAUGGUGUCGUCUUACCCCAGUCCUGCAUUAGACAUAGCAGUUCUAUUGGCACAGAAUGCAAACUUUCGUGUGAGAAUCCUUACAUAAUAAAGGGGGUUGAAAACAAGCGCUGUCUUUCUGAUGGCAGUUGGUCAGAUGGAACCUUUGCCUGCGAGCGUGGCUGUUAUAAAGUACUUACCCCUUCUGGGGGCGGAAAUAUCACUUGCCCCAAUGCGGUAGUCAGUGAAGGAGAUACUUGCGCUUAUGGCUGUGGGCCAGAACCACACAGAGGGCUUACCGCAACAGAUUCAAACACAGGCGUCACCACUGUGCUGGCCGCACCAGGCCCAAGUGGGGUGGUAUAUAGAACCUGUCACUCAGACGGUUUAUUUGAUUCUGUGUUGCCAGUGUGCAUGUCAGUGUGUCAGCCUCUGACUGCUCCAGUAAAUGGUACAAUCACUCCUGCCUCUUGUACCAGUCAAUACUCAGCAGAAGGUAGCGUAUGCUCAAUACUAUGUAACCUGGGUCAUGGUAAUGAAGGAGCUAAGUCAGUGAAAUGUCUUAACACUGGUGUGUGGGAUUCUAAUGCAUAUCAAUGUGAAGAGGAAACGCAGUUUCUUAUAACGAACCCAAAUGCGAUGACACCCAUGUGCCUUUACGCCAACACAAGUUUACAAAGUGAAAACUAUGGGUGGUAUGUAUUGAAACAAGAGUUUAGAAAAUGUGAGGACACAUCCACUUUAUGGGCAUGGGGAGACAACAAGCAUUUGAAACAUGUCAGUUCAAGGCUAUGUCUCAGUAUACUUGAUAGAACAGCCAAAAGAAUGACCCCGCUAAUCCUCCAAGAAUGUGCCCCUUCUGACCCCAAUCAAAAAUGGGUAUGUGACCCCUCUAACCCUGGACGAGUUCACCCAUUGCAUUCUUCAUUAUAUAUUAAUAUUGGGGACACAGACUCCAAUCGUGCUGUUGCUUACCGUUACUCUGAUCCAGGCUCAAUACUGUUCUCACACCUUUGGAAAGCACGGAACGCUCUGAACAAACUUAGCUUAUUAUCCAUAUGCGCAUUACACACAAACAAGUAUGAUUUAUAAACAUAACUUUUAUCCUAGCAUGAAAAAAAGUAUAAUUUUAUUUAUU